GAACUGCAAAUCAAGUCAAGAUGGGGAGGAGAAUCGAGCGCAUUCACUCUGCCUGCAAGAGAUGCUCCUCUGUGGUAGCGGUCGGAAUUAUAAUCUACGUCUUCUUUUCAAGCGAGGCGGUUGUCAACAAAGGAAAAUUGCUCUCCAGAAUAUAUCGACAUUCUGGUGAUGUCGACUCUGCCUUUAGUACCAACACAGGCACAGACCUCACAGUCAUCUCUGUAGACACAAGAAGAAGACUGGCAAAGCUUGUGGCAGAGGUCCAGAAUGAAAUUGACAUUUUAUCAGGUAAAGACCCAAAGAUUCAAGGUCACUGGACUGUGAAACUGGCGGCUGUAGCUGGAGAACUGGACCCCAGGUUGCUCUCAUCACAAAAUCAGGAACAUUUUUCAUCGCGAACUCUGAACAUGAAUCCUGCUCCACAAGUGGUCAAUAAGGAACGGAGUGUUUGCAGUGAGAUCUAUUUGGGCCCACAUUAUGGCUUCCCUUUUUACCAGCAUGGGAUGGAACAAGAGGAUUGCGUUUCUGUCCCAAAAAUCAGCUCUGUUUUGACUGCAGUUCUCCCAGCGGUCACUUGGAAACCAGGCACUGUUGAAUUUGUUGUUAAGCAAAUUAGAAAGUUGUAUAAUAUAUCAAUAAUCGCAGUCGUUUCAAAAGGUGAAAAGGUUGACUCAGAAAUCCAAAAUGUUACGGUGUUAGAGGCUGAUGAAAGUUAUGAUGAGGGUAAGACCAUGAACAGAGUAACUGAGUUAGUGGAAACGCCGUUGGUAUUCAUGGGUAUAUCGCUGUCUCACUUCAGCAACCAGUCAUCUCUGGAACGUCUCGUUCGGGUGCUUGACGAUUUGAAAAACGUAAAAGUGGUUGGAGGGGCAGGAAGAGAUUCUGCAGGUCACUGGAGGCAUGGUUGCCUUCAGCAGCGUAUGGCCAUGUACCAAGCGCGUUACGUUUCGGGCUACUAUUAUUCCAGACACGAGUGCAUGUACUGUGACGACCUUCUGGUUCCCUUUGUUACCUACAAACAACUGUUGGUGGACCUCCCGUUUUCCAAAGACUUAACUGGUCCUGCUUUAUUUCGUGACUGGUUUACCAGAGUGACUUUGAAGGGCCAUUUGAUCAUGGCGUGCCCUGAUGUGAUGUUUUUCAUGAGUAGUCAUGUCACUAUGAACUAUGCCUCUUGGUCUGUGAUGGCCAAGAAAUGGCUUUUAGAAAAAAUUCAUAGCUAUGACGAUAAGAUAUAUAAUUUUGAUUGCAAUGAUCUCGGCAUCACCUGCAUGAACAAUAGACCAGCAAUCGAAAGACACCUUCUCCCAAAAUGCUGCAGAACACUCGUGGUGGAAUUCCUCGCAGAACUCGACGACUUUGCUAAGAAAAAUGACAUUUACUAUGAAUUGCUCGCUGGGUCGGCUUUAAGUGCCGUCAAAAUGGGGAAUAUUCUUCCUUGGGAUUUUGAUGCAGACGUCAUUGUCGACUGCACUGAAAUCCAUAAAUGGAAGGAAGCGGAAAGCGAAUUUCCGUCCUGUAUUUUCUUCGAGCAAACCAAGACAUACCUGACGAUAUUUUGCCCUUCGUUUUUUGUAGACAUUUUGUGUUACAGGUUCAACUGGACAUCAUUGCAGUAUCUUCCAUUAGAAUAUCAAAAUGUACCGACCACCAUCAAAUAUUCAGAGAGGGAUAUUACGGUGAGUGCUAAUCCUGGUCUAUACAAUAGGAAUAAAUAUGGAAUAGAUGUUCUUAAGCAUGCUGGCCACUGGGCUACGAUAGAAAGAACUAGUGAAGGUAACCUAAAAGGGGGUUAUCAUCGUCCAGGGGUCUGGAAUCCGUGUAAAAUACCAGAAUUUCAUUCAUGUCUUGAUCAUUACCCUGGGGAUGGGAGCCUGCCUUUCCUAGAACCAUUUUUAUUCAUAUAAUAAUUUAACGAACUAAACGAAAGAACUUAUUUUCGUCAGAGAAAGUGUGCUCCACCUAUUCCUAGACUUAAAACGAAAACACUGUUUUGAUCCAAGAACAAA